GGUGUCAUGGCGGCGCCCAUAGCUGCAGAAGAAUGACUCCUGGGAAGCGGCGAUUAAGUAAGCCAGUGCAGCAUCCGAGCUAGAAUGCGAAUUGGUACAGCGACAACUGAAUUACACGUCUGAGUCUGAGCACUGAAAAUAAAACUGUCUACGUGUCCAGCCUGGCUGGUUUCAAUGAGCGCUCAAGGCGGUGUUUGACGGCCACUGUUCGCCGCCGAGAUCUUGCGGGGUGAGGAUGAGUGGGAAGGCGCUGUUCCGCCUGGAGGCGCUCCUGCGCUCCGGCCUCGCUGUCCGGCAGCUGUGGGCGCUUCGCUGCGAGGGGGCGCAGAGGAUGACGUGGAGAGCGGCCGCCCCCUACCCGCCCUGCCCCGGCCUGCCCGCUGUCGCCCCCGCGCCCCCGGCCACCGGCCACCGCAUCCGGCUCAUGUCCACAAAGCACGGGAAGAGCUCUGGGAAGACUCCAAAGACCAAACCCAAGCAAGAGAUGCAGGAAGUGGAGAUCAAACAGCGCAUGACCGUGGCAGAGCUUGCUGAAGCCAUGAACAGAGAUAUAGACCACGUCUACGAGGCUCUGCUUCACCUGCCCAUUGACCUGGACUCCCUGGAGCCGCAGUCCGUCCUGCAGGACGAGUGGACGAAGGAGGCCAUCAGGAAGUCUGGAAUGAAGUACAGAUGGGCGAAGGUGACAGAGGGAAGAGUAAAGGAAAACAAAGAUGCGACAAAGAGGCCUCCAGCAGACCUGGCAGUCCUGGUUGCCCGCCCACCGGUGGUCACCAUCAUGGGCCAUGUGGAUCACGGCAAAACCACCCUGCUGGACAGCCUGAGGAAGAGCCAGGUGGCGGCCAUGGAGGCCGGGGGCAUCACACAGCACAUCGGGGCCUUCCUGGUCCAGCUGCCCUCGGGCGAGAAGAUCACGUUCCUGGACACGCCGGGACACGCCGCCUUCUCCGCCAUGAGAGCCAGGGGGGCCCAGGUCACGGACAUCGUCAUCCUGGUGGUGGCCGCCGACGACGGGGUGAUGAAGCAGACCGCCGAGUCGAUCCAGCACGCCAGACACGCCGGAGUGCCCAUCAUCGUGGCGGUGAACAAGUGCGACCGGCCGGACGCCGACCCGGACAGGGUGAAGAGGGAGCUGCUGGCCCACGACGUGGUGUGUGAGGAGUACGGGGGCGACGUGCAGGCGGUCCACAUCUCCGCACUGCAGGGGGACAACCUGCAGGCGCUGGCGGAGGCCACGGUGGCGCUGGCCGAGGUGCUGGAGCUGAAGGCGGACCCCACCGGGCUGGUAGAGGGCGCCGUCAUCGAGAGCCGCACCGACAAGGGCAAAGGCCCUGUCACCACGGCGAUAGUCCAGCGCGGCGUGCUGAGGAGGGGCUGCGUGCUGGUGGCGGGGAAGGCCUGGGCCAAAGUGCGCUUCCUGUUCGACGAGCACAACCGCGCGGUGGCCGAGGCGGGGCCCAGUGUCGCCGUGGAGAUCGUGGGCUGGAAGGACCUGCCCUCUGCGGGCGAGGAGAUCCUGGAGGUGGAGUCCGAGCAAAGGGCGCGCGAGGUGGUGGCCUGGAGGCUGUACGUGGAGGAGCAGGAGAAACUGCAGGAGGACGUCCAGGCCAUCGAGGCCAAGCAGAGGCAGCACCUGGAGAGCUACAGGAAGGAGCGCGAGAGCCUGGGCCACCUCAGCUGGCGGCAGAGGAAGUCGGCCAUGUACAAGGCCAACAAACAGCGAAUGGCCUCCAGGCCCAAGGAGAGGACUGAGGACGAGUUCCGCUCCCUGCCCCUCGUUAUCAAAGGCGACGUGGACGGCUCCGUGGAGACCAUCCUGAACAUCCUGGACAGCUACGACGCCGACGAGCAGUGCCACCUGGACGUGGUUCACUUUGGAGUCGGAGACAUCUCGGAAAACGACAUCGGCCUAGCCGAGACUUUCUCAGGUGCCAUUUAUGGGUUUAAUGUGGAGGCAAACAAAUCUGUCCGUCAGAUAGCUGCCAAGAAGGGAAUAGAGCUCAAACUGCACAAGGUCAUCUACAAGCUCAUCGACGACCUCAAGGAGGAGCUGAGCAGCAAGCUGCCCCCCACUGUGGAGGAGAAUGUGAUCGGGGAGGCUUCGGUCCUGGCCACCUUCUGCGUCACCGUGGGAAAGAAGAAGGUGCCGGUAGCCGGCUGCAGGGUGAAGGAGGGCCAGCUGGACAGGAGGAUGAAGUUUAAGCUGAUUCGGGAUGGAGACGUCCUUUGGGAAGGCCACCUGACUGCUCUGAAGCACCACAAGGACGACGUGCAGGCAGUGAAGACGGGGAUGGAGUGUGGCCUCUCUCUCGACAAGGACAUAGACUUCAGGCCUGGGGAUGAAAUUGUGUGCUAUGAAGAAGUGGAGAAACGGCAGCGCAUCUCCUGGGAUCCAGGAUUUUAAGCCAGGUGUCUAUGUAGACUCUUUCCAACAUUUACUCAACAGAAUUAAAAGCUGCAAUCAAGGAAUGUAAAAUCCCCAAUACGUGUUAAGAGUCUUAAAUUAAACUAAAGACCAUGGAUGGUCUUGGUUGCAAUUUUAAUUCAUGGUUUUCCUCCAUGCUUUAAAAUUAUGCUGUAAAUAAUGGAGCUGAUUGUAUCCUUGUAUUAAACCUUAAAACUCCCAUCAA